GAGUUUGCGGUAGGAAAGAGUAUACAUGAGUCGUGAAAAUUGGCCAAGAUAAAUGAUAAAUCUCUAGCCUAGUCCAGGAGCAAUGCACCAAAAAACAUAUCGUAGCUUUGCAUGAAGAGUAUUCUAUACAUCCACAUCUCUAAAGUUAACACGCAAUUACAAAAAAUAAAAUAUAUCGAAUGUGCGUGGAGUACCAAACCAGCCCAAACUUUCACACUGAUAUUAUACCCCAUCGAGUUUAGGAUGUGCAGUAGACAGGCCCCUCCAAGCCAGUUGAGCUACAACCAAAGCGGUGCAACAGGAUAGAAGAAUAGAUCAAAACACGAGAGACAACACGAGAGGAUCUGAGAGUACAAAUCAUGUGGAAUGCACUUUGUGACGAGCUUGCCUGACAAGGAAGAAGGUAAAGGCUGGCGAAGGUGAAAGGUCCGAGUACGUGGACGAGGGAGUAUGAUUAAGAUUUAUAAUAUGCGCCAGCUGGACCGACCGAUCGCUCGGGUCCAACAAGGAAUUUCCGGAAAUUCGAGCUCUCAAUUCUCCUGGUCCUGCAGGAGAAUUGCGAUCGCUUUGGUUUGAGGGUCCGAAGGAUUUCGGCUCCAGAGUGUCCAUGGGAAGCUGGCAGUGAAUCGCUCGAGGUCGCCCACGGGCUGGGGCUCUCAUGGCCUCGUACGGUCGCAGAUCGAGCUGUGCAGCUUCUCGUCUCUUCAUCUUCUCGUCCUCGUGCUCGUCCUCACUGAGAUCCGUUCGUCCCUGCUCGCACUCGUCCUCCGAUCCACUGCGCCACUCUUCCCGAUUCCGCUCUCGAGGUCCCACGUUAGCAUCGACCGGAAUUGGCUCCAGUGCGAGUCCCAAUUCGUUGGCCCGAAUUUCCUCCUGGCGAGCUGCGUCGUCUGUUGCAGAGCAGACGGUGUCGAGUUCCAGCUGGAGAAAGUAUGUCGUCGGUGGCGUCUGUGCUUCUGCGGGGUUCCUUCUCUGGAAGCAGUAUCCUGGACAGAACCCGGUCUCGUCUCAAUCGAUUGCCAGUAGCAGUGGAGAGCUGGUGCUUCCCCCGAAGGUUGCUCAUGCUGGACUUCCCCAGGCCUUCAUCCAGCAGUUGCACGGAGUGUGUGAAGAGGAGAGGAUUGUAUUCGACUUCGAUGAGAGAGACAAUCAUGGCAAGAACAUGAACAGCUAUCACAGGGCAGAUAACAUACCGGACGUGGUGGUGUAUCCUGAGACCACCGAGGAGGUCGUCAGCAUUGUCAAGCUUUGCCAAGAGUACAAGGUGCCCAUAACAGCCUAUGGAGCCGCAACUUCGUUAGAAGGUCACACAUUGGCUUUGCACGGUGGCGUUUCCAUCGAUAUGACAAGAAUGAAGAAAAUCAAAGAGCUGCAUAUUGAAGAUAUGGAUGUGGUGGUCGAGCCAGGCAUGGGGUGGAUUGAGCUCAACCAGUAUCUGAAACCAAAAGGGCUCUUCUUUCCCCUCGAUCCCGGGCCAGGUGCAACAGUAGGAGGCAUGUGUGCCACCCGUUGUUCUGGAUCUCUCGCCGUUCGUUAUGGGACCAUGCGGGACAAUGUGAUCUCUCUGAAGGUAGUGAUGGCCAAUGGAGAUGUUGUGAAGACAGCUUCACGAGCUCGGAAGAGUGCUGCCGGCUAUGAUUUGACAAGACUCAUGAUCGGAAGCGAAGGCACUCUUGGCAUCAUCACAGAAGUCACACUUCGGUUGCAAAAACUUCCAGAGGCAUCUACUGUUGCCAUGUGCAACUUUCCUUCAGUGAAAGAUGCAGCUGAUGUGGCCAUAGGCAUUAUGCACUCGGGGAUUCAGGCAUCCAGGGUGGAGCUCUUAGAUGAAGUGAUGAUGAAAGCAGCGAAUUUGGCUAAUGGCAAAAAUUACAAGGAAGCGCCUACUCUCAUGUUCGAGCUCAUCGGAACAGAAGCAUAUGUUCUCGAACAAACGGAACGGGUGAAGAAAAUAGCAGAAGAACACAGUGCGUCCAAUUUCACCUACGCCGAAUCUCAAGAGGCGAAGGAUGAGCUUUGGAAGAUAAGGAAGGAGCUAUUUUGGGCUUGUCAGUCAUUACAGUCCGACGCGGAAAUUCUGACCACGGAUGUGUGUGUGCCGCUGUCCAGACUCGCGGAUUGCAUUGCGGAAGCCAAAGCCGAACUUGAUAAGUCCAGCUUGAUAACGGGUGUUAUAUCUCAUGCAGGUGACGGAAAUUUUCAUACUUUGAUUAUGGUCAAGCAGGGCAGUGAGGAAGAUCUGCUCGAAGCAAAGAGGCUGUCAGACUUAAUGGUCCAUACGGCUUUGAACUUAGGAGGGACAUGUACAGGAGAACAUGGUGUUGGCAUAGGGAAAGUGAAGUAUCUCGAGAAGGAGCUCGGGCCCGAGGCAAUGAAAGUGAUGGGAUCCAUCAAAGAAACUCUGGAUCCGGACAACAUUUUUAACCCUGGCAAAGUAGUCCCAUCAAAAUAUUGCUACUAGUUGUUUCCGAGAUCCACAAUUUAGCAACGUGUUAUGUUAGUUCGAGGAUGAUCACCUCUGAGAGGAGCCUGUACCAUAUCGGAGUAAGCAAUGAGAUCGCCGACAUAUUGGGCCCCCGUCAUGGCGGAGUUUGUAAGCUAGCCCAAAUAUUUUGUAAAGUGAUCCUGUCCAAGUGCACAUGCUUGAUGACCGAGACCUCUUGGAAGCAGUCGGGUCCUUCUACCACUCCAAAUUCGGAAUGCCAGUGUGCAUGUAAGAUGAAACAUGGUGCCCACUCUCGACGAGUGUAUACCUCUUUAGAUCCUUCGUGAUUUUGGGUGGGAAGCCCGGAGGUAUCUGAAGUGCUCAUUCGACACAUGGUAGUCACGACUUAGUUAACAUGUCCAUCGUGAAAGAGCUCCAGGGUUUGCCAAACGAGGACAUUGUAUCCAAGGUGCUGAAGUAAAACUUUCACCAGGCACUGACACACCAUACCACUCGUUCUCCUCUUGUUCUCAGACGAGGCUGUAUGGAAAAAGGGCCGGUAGGCUCGUCACGUAAGCAUCAACCUCGAGCAAUCAUGUUGGCUGCUGGGUGGUAGGUGGGUGGUUGAGUCGUUAGAGACGCUCUGCUCUGUCUUUCACGCGCUGAGAGUGAGAAUUGCCUUGAAAUGGAGGCAUGGGAGGAGAGGGGAUGUACUAUGCACGGUGUCUGUAUAUUAGACGGCUCGCAGUGAUCUAUCUAUUAACUCAGUUGUCACAUUCACUCACCUUGGCAGUAUCACAUCAAUCUGUAACGGAAGACGAUGCGUACAACAGCCUACCGAGGGAUAGGCCUUUGACACACUACAAGCUUGAUGACCUCGCUGGGAGAAUACAGUGAAGACGUGCGCACGCACAGAAGACUCUGAUUCCGUAAAGGGACUCUGAUUCAUGAUAAGGGUUGAACAUUCAAUGUCCAACCCCCGAACUUUCACAGCCGCAUUCACCACCUCCACCCGAUAAGCAAGUACGCACGGGCAUUUGGGCCGUUGCUAACCUGAA